AAGGGCAAAUAGCAAUAUUAAAAUAUUACCUCUAAUUUCCUUUUAAUGUGCACGAAUUUCAUGAACCGGGCUACUAGUUUGUUUAUAAAACACAAAGAGGAUCAUACACAAAUAGAUUCAUGAGAUUUACAGAAUCACUAAACCAUCUUGAUUUCAUAGUUGUAAAAUGUGUGUCUCUGUGCUUUAAUUGUUAACAUUAUUUUUUCAGCUAUUUUUUCGUUUUUUUUCUCAAGUACAUAUUUAUCUAUUUCAGAAAUGAAGGUAGAGGUAGAGAGAAAUAGAAAUAUCAAUGAAUGAUGAGAGAGCAAUAUUGAUCGGCUGCCUCCUGCACACCCCACACUGAGGAUUGAGCCCAUAACCUGGUCAUGUGCCACGACCAGGAAUCUAAUCAUUGACCUCUUGGUGCAUGGUUCAGUGCUUAACCACUGAGCAACACCAGUGGACCAAGCAGAAUAAUCUUGUUCUAAGAUUAUUCAUAGGACCAUUGACCUUCAGGGAUGUGGCCAUAGAUUUCUCUCAGGAGGAGUGGGAAUUCCUGGACCCAGCUCAGCGGAAGUUGUACCUGGAUGUGAUGUUGGAGAACUACAGCAACCUGGCUUCCCUGGCUCUUUCAUGUAAAGGUAACCAUGCCUUUAUGCCAAAGCCCGGAAUACAAGAUUUAUUCUCUGAAAUAAUACUGAGUACACAUAAUGGAGAUAGCAGUUAUCAAUGGAUUGAACAUUGGAAAAAGUUUAAGCAAGAAUCAUAUAUUAAUCAUCGGACGAGGGAACUUGCGGAGGACCAUUAUAAAAGCGGAAGAUUCUUUGACCGAAUGUCUAAUCACAAUAUAUGUCAGGUUAUUCCUAUCGCAGAGAAGACACGCAAAGAAAGUAAAUGUGUCAGGUCUUUUCAGCAGUCUUCAAAUUACACUGAAGAAGAGAAUAUUCAUGCUAGAGAGGAGGCUUACAAAUGGAAUCCAUGUGGGAGAGUCUUCAGUCAAAUAUUCAAUCUAAAUAAAAUGAAAAAAAUCCAUAAUGGAGAAAAACCUUAUAAAUGUAAAGAUUCUGGUAAAAGAUCGAAUUGGCCUUCAGGCUGUACGCUAAAUCAGAGAAUUCGUACUGGAGAGAAGCCUUACAAAUGUAAAGCAUGUGGCAAAGCCUUUAGAUGUCAUUCAUCUCUUAUUGUUCAUAAGGGAAGAAUUCAUACUAUAGCAAAAUUUUACAAACUCAGGGAAGAUGGAAAAGGCUUUAGUCAAUCCUCAAGACAUAAUCAACAUCAUAGAAAUCAUAGAGAAGAAAUGACUUACAAAUGUUCAGAAUGUGGGAAAGCCUUUAGUUGGCCCUCAAACCUUAUGACUCAUCAGAGAGUUCAUACUGGACAGAAGCCUUAUAAAUGUAGCAAAUAUGGCAAAGCCUUUAUCAAUUCCUUUUACCUUAGUCGUCAGAAGGUUCAUUCUGGAGAGAAGUCUUAUAAAUGUAGAGAAUGUGGCAAAGCCUUUAGCCGGUCCUCACACCUUACUUAUCAUCAGAGAGUUCAUACUGGAGAGAAGCCUUAUAAAUGUAAAGUAUGUGGCAAAGCCUUUCGCUGGCCCUCAAACCUUAUUGGGCAUCAGAGAGUUCAUACUGGAGAGAAGCCUUAUAAAUGUAGAGAAUGUGGCAAAGCCUUUACAUCUUCCUCUUCCCUUAAUCUACAUCAGAGAGUUCAUACUGGAGAGAAGCCUUAUAAAUGUAGAGAAUGUGGCAAAGCUUUUAGCUGGCCCUCCUCCUAUAAUCUACAUCAGAGAGUUCAUACUGGAGAGAAGCCUUAUAAAUGUAGAGAAUGUGGCAAAACCUUCAGUGAUUCCUCAAAACUUACUCGUCAUCAUAAAAUUCAUACUGCAGAUAAGGUUUAUAAAUGUAGCGCAUGUGGCAAAGCCUUUAGCCAGUUCUCACGCCUUAAAAAUCAUCAGAGAGUUCAUUCUAGAGAGAAGCCUUUUAAAUGUAGAGAAUGUGGCAAAGCCUUUAGUUGGUUCUCACACCUUAAAAAUCAUCAGAGAGUUCAUUCUGGAGAGAAGCCUUAUGAAUGUAAAGUGUGUGGCAAAAGCUUUAGCUACUCCUCAGAUCUUAAUCGUCAUCAGCGUAUUCAUACUGGAGAGAAGCCUUCUAAAUGUAGAGAAUGUGGCAAAGCCUUUAGCCAGUACUCAUCACGUACUAAUCACCAAAAAAUUCACCCUGGAGAGAAACCUUAUAAAUGUAGAGAAUGUGGCAAAGCCUUUAGCCACUUGUCAACCCUUACUAAUCAUCAGAAAGUUCACACUGGAGAGAAACCUUAUGAAUGUAGAGAAUGUGGCAAAUCCUUUGUCACCUCCUCAGGCCUUACUAGGCAUCAGAGAGUUCACACUUGAGAGAAGGUUUAUAAAUGUAGAGGAUAUAACAGCCUUUCAUCAGUGUUCCUGCCUUACUGCACAGCAGAAUUCAUACUUGAGAGAAGAGUUACAGAUGUGAGGAGUGUCCUAAGUCCUUUACCAGCUAUGAGAACUUACUGAACAUCACAGAAUGGAUACUGGCAAGAAGCCUUACAAAUGUGAAAAACAUAGAAAAGCCUUUAAAAGGCAUUCGUGUCUUGCUGUACCUGAGAGACCUCAUAGUAAAGACAGUCCUUACAAAUGUAGAGUUUGGCUGCAGACUUUACACAUAGCUCACAAUUUACUGAACAUCAGAGAUUUUAUAGUGGAGGAAAGCCUUACACUAGAAAACUAAGAAAGCCUUUAGCCUGUGGUCUACCCUACUUGACAUUUCAGGAAUCAUUAUAAAGAGAAACAGCAUUAACGAAGUUUUCAUCUAAGGAUUUAAGCUUCAAUGGUUGAAGCUACAUUAAGAACGAUAAAAUGAGGUCUUACAAAUUAUCAGGCAUAUGUCAAACCCUAGAGAGAAGGUAGGGAAGGGUGGGGGUAAGGGUGAAAGAUCAACCAAAGGACUUGUAUGCAUGCAUAUAAGCCUAACUAAUGGACACAGACAACAGGGGGGUGAGGGCACGAGUUGGGGAGGUCAGGGUGGUUAUGUUGGGAUAAGGACACAUACGUAAUACCGUAAUAAAAAAUUAAUUAAAAAUAUAUAUAUACUUUAUAAAACUCCAAGGGAUUUAUGCCUUAAGAUGUAAAAACUUUAUCCAAGUAUGUAAUUGAUUAUGAAUUUUAAAGUAUCACUAAAUUGGCUACUAGAUAGGUAGCCAAAAUGCCUUUCAGAUAUUGCUCUAAACCAAAAUGUUUAUUAUACAGUGUACUCCAAACUUUAAAUGUAGUUAGGUAAUGUUUGUAUACUUGAAUAUAUCAAAAGAAUUGAUGUUUCCAGAUGUACAAUUACUUAGAAUGUUAUCUCAUUUAUUUUGAAGUCUUUUGAGAAGGAAAUAUUAAUGUGAUUCUACUCCCAUAUCACUUGAUGCUGCUGUGUUUUAUUCCUGGUGUAUGUGUGAAAUCAUGGGAUUGAUUGUUUCUGUCCUAAAGAUCUGUUUGCUGUUGUACAUUAUAUGGACUUCACUUGUGUACACUUUCCCAUGGAAUAUUGGGUACAUUGUAAGGCGCACUAUUUUCUUCUAUUAGAGAAUAAUUCUUGAAUAAUCUUUUAAAAUAGUUCUCGAGUUUUGUAAAUGAUGUCAUCAAAGUUACUUCCUUUUCUGUGCCAAUGUGUUCAACUGAAAAGUUUUUGAGGGUGUUCAAUUUGUGGUUGUCACAUUUAGGUGACCAGAGCUACCUUCAGGACAGUGCUGACUGUGUAAUAGAUUUUCCAUAAUUAAGAGGAAUAUUGCAAUACCAGUGACGUUGUUGUACCCAAGAUUCAGAAUCGGCAUGAACUCUGCUGGUGGAGAGAGGACACCUUUACCAGGCUGCAGUGCUGGCUGAACUCAGGAAAAAUAAUUUUAUUUCUUUCAUUUCCUAUUUCCUGUUCCUUUCUGAUUUUUCACCUUGUCUUCUAAGCUGCCAUUCCUUUUGCAGUGCUAUAACCACAGCAUGUAAAGUUCUUCCUGUCCCACAUCAGCCUGUCAAGCCCUGUGUAGAUUCUGCUCAAUAGUUUCGAAUUUAUAAUGCAAUGAUUGACAUCACAAUUUGACGAAUAUUUUGCUUUAUAUUCAUGAAGAAAGUAGCCCACCAUUCAGGUUCUCAUGCUGAUACCUAUAUUUUUAAUACUAAUAUUAACUUUUGGAAUACCACAAAUUGGCAUCUGUGUACUUAGUAAUUGGGAUGAUUUCUCUUGUCCUGAUUUUCAUUGGAAACUUUGAGAAUUUCUCAUUGUUGUCCUGUUAACUUCUUCAUUGGGAUGGAAUUAACCCAUAUUAAACAGGUUUUAUUCUCACUUUUUUCAUAUAUAUAUUUUUUUAUUGAUUUUAGAGAGGAAGGGAGAUAGAAACAUCAAUAAUGAGAGAGAAUCUAUUCUCACUUUCCUGAAUGUAGGUUAAUGUUGGUUAUUCUUUCUAGAGGAACCCCAGAGACCAUGGCAGCUUUGUAGGUGAAACCUUUUAUUAAUUUGGAUGGAAGUUAUUUUUUAUAUUCACAGCCUGACCAGAGGUAUGUCCAUUGCCAUUAGCUGUCCCUGGAGUGUUUUCCAAACCAUCACUGUAAGUUACAGGGACAGUAGGAUAGCAGAGAUUAAAAUGAAAGCCACACAUUUAUUCUGUGUCCAGUGCUGAAUUUGUACAAGUUUGUAAACAUCAGUUCCUAAGCAUGUGCCACCCAAAGGACUGAAAAAAUGAUUGCAGAGACAAGAUGUUCAGUAUUCUACUCUGCUUUCUGGCAUACUCAUGGAGCAUUCCUAUGUAUAUGUGUCUCCUGAUAUUUUGUGACUGGGACUCAUCUGGACCAGGGGCUUUAUGAAUUUGUUCUGUUAAUUGACAUACUAUGGGAUCCAGACCUUUCAAAGACUUCAAUCCCAUCUAGACAAUAUUUCCAUUUUCUGGUACAGUAGUGAGGAAUGUUGAGGUGUAUUGAUACCAAAUACACAUAAGAUAUUUUUUUUCUCAUGUGGCCAUUAGGAAAAUAGAUGAAGCAGACACUGCCCCUUGAGUUAGCAGAAAUCUGUCUUCGUUUUGUUCAGAAUGCAUAUUCUACUGCUUUGGGGUGAAAAGUUAUAAGUCAGAGGUUUCAAUCGUUUUAUCUGAUGGCACACUUGAACUAAUUACUGAAGUUCAGUGGUUCACCAAAAUAAAUAUAUUCCCAGUCUUCCAAAAAAAAAUGUCUGAUUUUGACCCAUGCACACCACACAGCUAUUACUGUGUUGGCUGUUGUCACUUAUUUUAUUCGACAAUCUAUGGGUAAUAUAGUCUGUGCUAUUGACUAAACAGUCACUGCUGUUUGUUUUAAAAAUUCUUGCAGCACACCAGUUUGCGCGUGUGACACUCCGGUUGAUAAUCUCUGGGGUAAACAUAUAAAAUCCCGUGGCAGGCGGGGAGAGGUCACGGGGGGAGGGGAGGGAGGAGACAUAUGUAAUACUUGAAACAAUAAAGAAUGUACAUAAAACAUAAAA